CCAAACAGGUUACACUGGAGAAUUACUCACUGGGUAUCCCAUUGAGAACCAUUUUAAAACUUUUAUUGACCCACCAAAGGGAAGCUCCCUGCCAAGAGGCUCCCCCAUAAAAGCGUAACCCACACGCGUACGGUGCAAACCAACGCACCCCGGGGCAAUUUUAUGCGGAAGGGAGACGCGGGCAGCGUUAAACAAGCAAGCCAGAGAGGAGGAGGGGUUUGCGGGGGAGCCAGAUUGCAGCUCCAAGGUAGACCGCGACCGUCUGAACACGGCAACCCGCGUUCGGGAUGCGAGAAGAGCGAGAGAAAGCGAAGCGGGAGAGGAGCGCGGAGAUCUCCAUAUUGGAUUUGCAGCUCCGCUCCAGGGCAAUAUUGCCGUCACCGGGGCGCCUUGUUGGGGAACGGCGCCUUCCCGCAACACCAGCCCUCCGCAACGUCGGGUGGUUUCGCGACGAGAGAAGAUCAGAAGUUUUUUUUGGGAAAAGUUGUUCCUAGGCAUCUACUAAAGUGUAGUCAUACCUUGUGUGCCUCUUCUGGGACCAGGUCCAAUUCAACAUGUUGGUCAUGAUCUAUGAAUCCCCACAUGGCUCAACUCCCAGGAAUUAUCAGGACCUCCUUUUUCAACCACUGUUGAUGCCCUCCUGAGAGUUCUCAACUUAAAGACAAGAAAUGAGUUCUUUGGAAAAGAAUUGUGUUCCUUCAUCCUCCAGAAUAGAACGUCUUCAGCAGUGGCAGCAAUGCUAUCCCAGUGAUUUGAGCUGUCCUAUCUGUCUCCAAACCGCCAAUUUCCCUGCAGAAACCAACUGUGGACAUGUCUUUUGUGGUUACUGUCUAAUUGAAUACUGGAAACAUGGGUCUUGGCUGAGUGCAAUCAACUGUCCACUUUGCAGGCAAAAAGUUGUUUCUUUGUACACCUCUUCUGAAAACCAGCCUGACAAGAAAAACAAGCAAACUUUCUAUGACAUCAGAACUUACAACAAACGCUUCUCAGGGCAGCCUCAGUCUUUUAUAGAUCAUCUUUAUGACAUGCCACUUCUUCUCCCUGUUAUCCUAAGAGGAAUCUUCACGCUAGCUGCCCUCAUGUGGGUCUUUCUCUUCAGAGUUGUCAUCUGUUUGCUUGGAACCAUCAUGUGCAUGAACUGCCCACCUGAAGGGAUGCCUGAACCUCUCUGUAGAAACUUGCAGACAGCUGAUAAUGUAGCUGUAGUAAUCUUACUUUUGAUUAGCUUUAUAAACAUUUGCCCUCAAAUGGAAUCAGAAGAUGCAAACAGGAUGAUCUCUAGGGAAGAAACCAUUACCUUGGCAUCGUAAGGGAGGGAAUGGCAUUGUCUCUGAAAAGUCAAAAUUAACCAUUCUUGAUACAUUUAUAAUGGGCUGUUGGUGGACUUAGUUUUAAAAAGUGAUUAAGGGCUAAUAUGUUGCACUGAAGUGUAAGCAAACAAUUGAGAAUAUAUUGGCUGGAUGCUCUUAUGCUAAUAAAGGACUUAAAACCA